GCAAUUGUUGGACACGACAGAACGGUAUAAAAGCUAUGGCCAGGAUGGAAACAAGUAGAAAGCCACCAAGUGUCAGAAGGCCAAGUGUUAUAACUUCAUCAGUCCAGCAAAAACAAUUGCAAGAUGUACGCGAAACUCGCUCUCUUUACCAUGUUAGUAGUAUCCGUGGUUGCGGUGCCAACCCCAGGAGGCUUCGGCGGUGGACACAAACACGUAACAAUCCACGUGCCCUACAAGGUCCAUACGAUCCAUCAUCACCACGUGUCAAAGGUUCCGGUACCGGUGCACAUUGUGAAGGAGGUCCCUGUAUACAAAGAGGUGCCUAUCUACAAACACGUGCCCGUACCGGUAGUCCAACACGUGCCCGUGCCUAUUAUCAAACACGUGGAGGUUGAGAAGCAAGUGUUUGUGCCCGUGCAUCAUGAGGAAGAGCAUUCACACCAUGGAUGGGAGAGCGAAUCGUUGUCACAUGGCUGGAACUGAUAAGCGCUAUUCGUUAUAAUUAGUUUAAGGUAUAUCUACUUAGUUAGUUAACUCUUUGUUAUGUAAAUAAAAUCCUCUCUCUCAAUUAUACAUCUAAGCAUGUCUACGAAUGAUCAGUUGGAAGAUUUCAAGGAUUUCAAUCUCACGUUACCACAAAGCGUACCUUAUUGUAUAUAGUAGCCAAAGAAAAUAUACUGUCGUGUUUUUGUA